UGGUGAUAUAUCGAUAGAUGUUUGAUAGAAAUAUCGUCUGCACAAAAUAAGAAUAAAUCGCGAUGUUUGUUAAUCCAGAUUGAGUCAAUUAAGAUAUUCUAUAGUGAAAUUUUGCGGAAAAGAAUGGAGUAAAGAUGUUGAAUAUUUGCGUCUGAAAAAUGGAAAGAACAGAAAAAGAAGACAUUGGCACGGACAUCAGACUUCUCCUGGAAUGUUUGGACUAUCAGAAGGAUGAUCCUGGGACUGUGAAGCAGUCAUUGAUGACACUGUCAGCCAUCUUGCAAGGAACAGCUGCUGCUAAGGAUGUUUUCCGUGAGGAGAAAGGUUUACAGAAAAUUCUGGCAAUGGUCACAAAAAGUCGAGAGGAUGAAAUUGUUGACACUGGACUGUACUGUCUUGGAAGUGCCGUGGAACGAAAUGUGUAUUCCCAAAAAGUCAUGAGCACAGCUGGAGUGUUCACAUUCCUGCAUGGACUGUUUUCCAACAGACCCAUUUCUAUUCGCAAGAAACAAACUGCUGCCUUCUUGGUUCUUUGUCUUGUUUCAAAUAACGGAUAUGGACAAAAUUUGGUGAGACAAUCCUCCUGCCUACAUGACAUAAUUGCUUUAAUAAGAACCAGUCUUCCAAGGAACGUCAAGCUGCUUGAACAAACAGACCUGCAAAGCGAAGUUUGUGGAGGGUCAACAAUAGACCUGUGGGCAGCUCUCAUCAGCACAGUUUGUGCCUGUGUCAAUAACCCCAUCAAUGAGGACAACCAGAAGAUUUGCACAUCCCUGAUACCUUACCUGUUAAACGUGCUGUCUACACAGAAUGAUUCUAGAAUUGACAAGCCGCUUCUCUCUUUGCUGGGACUUACUGUCAGUGGAAAUGUUUCCAACCAGGACCGCGUGAGAAAGUGUGGAGGCUUUGAGAUCUUCAUUAAGAAGCUCAGACACUUGCUGGGUGCCCAGGAGCCCGCCCGAAACCCUGUUCUUGGGCAGCUUCUUGGAACAGUGGACGCUUGCAUUACAGACAAUGAUAUGAGCAGUAAGAGGUUUGGUCAGCUUGGAGGACUGACAACAAUUCUGCAGCUGUUUACAGACUGCCCCAUGGGUGUUAGUGAGAAAACACAGGCCGUCUUGACAUUAGCACAUGCUGUUGACGCUUGUGAGGAGAAUGUGGUGUAUGUACAGACUGGUGGGGGAAUGACCGUGCUGAUCAGGCAGCUGACACAGUGUGAGGACGAGGAGCUGUCUAAGACCAUCAAGUAUCUCCUGCAGCUCUGUGUACCGUCAGAAUCUGGUAGAGAAAGACACAAAGAAGAAUCAGAAAAUAUUUCAAAUUUUGAAGCUAUGAAAAGACAUAGUGAUUCAGAAAUGUUUAGGAAAAUUCAAGAGCUUGACUGCAAAUUGAAAUCACUAGAAAACUCUCGAAGUGGGCUAGAUUUUCAUGAUACCCCAAACAGACACAGUUGUGAUUCCCCAGACAGAGACCAGGUGCAAGGGUCAGCGUGCAGUUCCCAUUCCUUUCACCAGGACUGUCCCACCCCCAGGGAACAGUCCCUUAUAGAUCAGCUUAUCAAAGAACGGGUAGAGAGAGAAAAACUUGAAAGGCUCAACCACAUGCUUCAAGAGAAUAUUUGUGUGACAAGAAGUGCUCUAGUAAACCCUGGUGGUGUGUGCUUAGAAGCUGUUGAUAUCAAAAACAAAAGUGGCAAAGAGAAAGGGAGUAAUGGCAAAAGUGGUGGACGAUCAACGGAAAUCUCAAAUGAAUAUCAUGUUGGGCCAGAAGGAAUUGUGGGUAAGGCUGCUACAAGAAGUGGGCAAGUGUAUCAGGCUGAAGGAAGCCAAUGGGGAGACACACAGAACAGAUUUCCAGAGUUAAAACAAGUGCACAGAGCUUUGCAUUUGAAGUAUGCCAGUGACGGAUUUGAAAAACAGGAUGGCAGUCAAAGAAUGGUUGGUAAUCAGUGUACAAGCUGGGACAGUUCAGCACCAGAUUUGGGCACUGACAAUAGAACAGAUUUCGUCCCUGAUAAAAAGUAUUCAAGGCAAGAUAAUCGUUUGUAUGUUCAGCCUACAUGUAUACAUAAAAAUGCAAGUAUAAGCUCACAUGGGGAAGAUGUGUUAACUGAAUAUAGUGGAAGACUUCCAUAUCAACCAGCAGGGAAUACAAAAGGCCAAGUAGUUCCUUGCCAAGGACCAAGAAAAAUGUUAGGAAAUAGCUCAAGGGAUAAGCAAGCACCAGACAAUAUAUUCUCUAACGAUGAUGUGAUAUUCUUGAAUUCAGACAACACCGCGGCAGAAGUUAAAACACACUCACUUUCUGACGUGGACAAGCUUCCCAAGCCUAGUGUGGGUGCACCAGUUAUCAAGAAGUCUAAAGUCACCCUGAAUCGUCAUGCUGAAAUACAGUGUGGCACACCAUUCAUUACGCCUAAUCAGCAAACUAAAGAUGGCUCUGUUACAAAAACAUUGCCAGGUUCCUAUAAUGAUGGCAGCUCUCAAACCACUCCACAUGUACCAGCAGGAAAUAACACCAUUAACACGAAGAAUUAUGAUAAAGAACACAAUAACCUUGAUCAAGCUAAAUGGUCAAAUUCAAAAACAGAGAACUCUAAAACUAAAUUAAAUACUGAAACUGAGAGGAAAACAGAUUGCUCACCUACUCAUAAUUUGAUAAAUGAUUCUGGGUCAAGCAACUUGUUUUUGAAGCCAAUUGCUUUUCCACCAAGAAGUAAAGUUAGAAUUACACCAAUGCGUGUUAAGGGGCUUUUAAGUUCAGAACUGAGCCAAAUGGACCACAACAAUUCUGCCACAGACUAUGACUCUGACACGAGUAUACAUUCCGAAUUUGACUUGGCCCUAGUACGCAACAUCCGAAAAGUUGUUCCGAUAAAAAAAACAGAAGAAAAAAUAGCACAGAAAGAAUUUGCUAGGCCUAUGGGUCAGGCCUCACAGGUCAUUAAAUCUCAGAACAAUGUCAAGAGCAUUGACAAAUGUGUCCAAGGGCGGGACCGUAACACGGCAGACAGAUGGGACAUCCAUCCUAGCACGCCACUUAAUAGACAACCUAUACCAGCCAGGCCCGCCUUCAGUGACUGUGGAACACGAAGACAGGUGUUCCCAAAGUCCCCAAUGUCCGUGGCAUCUCAGGGGAAACGAAGACUGUCCCUAGAUGACAGUGGUAUUCAUUCUCCAUCUGGUAUCCUGGUACACUCUGCUAAACACAGUCCUGUUGAUAGUGACAUUGAGGGUUUCCGUAGCAGCAGUGAUGUGUCUGAUGAAGAAGUGCAAGUUCCCAACAUAAGUGCAGCUGUACUCAGAAGCAGUAGAAGAUUUGCCCAUUCACGGUCAAAUACUUGCCUAGGUUGCUCUGGUCAUCUAGACAGUAUGAAAACUGGCAUGCUGAACUCCAGGACUUACAACAUUGCCUUGGAAACAGACCCAAACACCUGCCCCUUACAUCGAAAGUUGCGACAGGUUGAGAGGCUUCACAUUCACAGGGUGAAAAAAGUGGAGGCAAGAAAGUUGAAGCCUACUGCUAGAUUGAUGAAGAAGCUUGACAAACAGAAAGAGAAGAAAAGAGGGAAAGCCUCUGUGUAUAAGUUUUCUUCAAGCUCUAAUGAUGAGCUAUCAGAUGUUUCUGCUACUGAGGCUGAAGACAAUAUACCAUAUGUGCCCCAGAAGAUCAAGCGUCGUCGACAGAGGCUAGAGUACACACAGGCUGAAGUAAACAGUCUCCUGGAAGGGGUCUCCACAAUGGGCCGUAACUGGAACAGCAUUCUGGCUGCUUACCAAUUCCACCCAUCCCGCACCAACGUUGAUUUGAAGGACAAGUAUAAGAGGAUGAUGGCUGCAGAGAGGGAAGCCCAGAGCACUGUGGUGUCUACAAAGGUAUCCCGUCAGAUGAAGCCAUUCUCCAUGUGUGAGGAGCGCAGGCUGCGUAGGGGCAUUCUCAAGUUUGGAUACCACUGGAAAACCAUUCUGCAGUCAUUUACGUUUGCUCAGGGAAGAACCACAGAGGAUCUGAGAAAUAAAUGGCGUACUAUUCACAGAAAGAAAGGGAAAUAGAUGAGAAGAAUCUAGUAGUUAUCUGACUUUGUAGAUACCAUACCCUUAACGAUACUGGACUUGCAUGGAAUCUGUUUCUCAUGGUUUGAAUCUUCAUUCAUUGGUGCAGUAUGAAUUACUGCAACUCUUUGUCUGGAAAAGUCCCAAGAUGAGUACUGGUCCACGGUAUUUUUCAUUUUGUUUUAAUAUUGAUUUUUAUGAAAAAGUGCUUACAUACUGUUAUAUUUAUUUGAUUAUUUUAUGCUCUUUUUGUAUGUACAUGUAUGAAUUAUUGAAUAAUGUGUUACAAUUAAUAAAUAUAUGUGUAAAUGAAGUACUUGUGUAUACCUGUAUCAGAUGAAUUAAUUCAAAGUACUUAUUAAAAUGAGUAUAGUGUUUUUAUUGUUAUUGUUAAAUAUGCUAAGUUGAUGAAAUUUACCAGGUAUUGAUUGUUCAAGGAUUUUCCUCUACUUAUGUUGUUGAUUUACUUUGCAAACAUGUUGUAGAUUAAAUGUUUCCACAUUUCUAGUUUCCUGUAUUGAGAUUAAUGCACUUCAAACAAGGAUUGUAUCAUGUUAAAUGUCGUAUUAAUACAGUUAUUUACUAAAAAUGUUAAAACUAAAAUCUCAUUUUUUGUUAACUUGUUAUGGAAACAUUGUCAAAAAGGUGGAUCCUUCUUUACACCAUUUUACAUCAAUUUUGAUUUUGAAUGAAUAUUUACUUUUCUUAUUUAUGAUAUGAAUAUUUUUCUUGUUAUUAAUGUGCAGUGUUGUUGUAUGGUUUUCUUGUACUGUAAUUAAAUUUGACUCUGUUUAAUCA